AUGCGUGUUGUCAAACAAGCUCUGCAAGCUCUUCUCCUCCUCUCCUUGAGCUGCUCCUGCUUGGCGUUGGACGAGUGGGAUGCAGAUAUCAGGGAAGGGAUUCAGCUGCACAAGAAGUACAACCACCGCAGAGCCAUGCGGGUCAUCCUCGAGAGCGCCAAGAAGGUCCCUCAGAACCAGAAAGAGAUCGCCUACUGGCUCAUGGAGGAAGCACACCAGCUUCUUCAGGGUGAGGUCAGGGACGAGGUCGGAGCUCGAGGCCUACUGGACAGCGCCAUGUCGGUGGCGCUGCUUGUGAUGGACGCUGAGACGAUCUACACAGUGGCCAACGUGUUCUGCUGGCAGGAGGCCUGCAGCAGGCUCUAG